AUGUCUUCAUCCAUGGCUAUCGAUAUUCUUCAUUCUACUCAACAAUAUUCACUCUACAGUACUUCUUUUAUAUUUGUUAUUGGUACAAUUGGAAAUCUACUUAAUAUUCUUAUUUUUACUACAUUAAAAAUCUUUCGAAACAAUGAAUGUGUACUUUAUGUUGUCACAGAGGCAAUCGCAAACAUAUUUCAAUUAACUACAUUUACUCUUAUUAAUCUACUCUCAGCAGUAUAUCAAACUGAUCCAGCUAAUUCAUCACUUUUCUGGUGUAAACUUCGAGGUAUAAUGGUUAUAUUAUGCACACUUAUUUCAUUUUUUACAAUAAGUUGUUCUGCUUUUCAUCAAUAUCUUUCCACAAGUCCUCUCCUCUAUUUAAGACAAUUAUCAACAAUCAAAUUAACAAGAUUUCUUAUAUCUACAUCAGUGAUUAUUUCACUAUUAUUUACUAUACCAUUUAUUAUAUUUCUUGAAAUUCGAGCAUCUGUUUGUGCUAUAUUUAAUCAAAAUACGUUAAAUUAUCUAUCUUAUUUCUAUUAUCCAGUUCUAUCUGGACUUUUACCUGUUCUUAUUGCAUCAGCAUUUAGUUUUCUAGCAUAUAAUAAUGUUCGACGAAUAGUUCGAAGACAAAUACCAAUAGUUCGACGAAGACUUGAUCAACAAUUAACUGCAAUGAUACUUAUUCGUGUAAUAGUAUUUAUCAUUUUAACAUUACCCUAUGAUAUUCAAAGGAUGUAUACAUAUAUUGCAAAAGUUAAUCAAUCAAAUCUACUUUAUUAUGCAAUUAACAAUCUCAUUGGAGCAAUUUUAGUAACAUUCUUUAAUAUAAAUUAUGCGGCAUCUUUUUAUAUAUUCUUGAUAACAUCUGCCCGAUUCCGUCGACAAGUGAAAUAUAUUUUGGUGAAGAAAUGUUGGGGACGAUGUAAACGAUGGUUUCUUCAUAGUAGAAAUCAAGUUAAUCCAAAUGAGAAUCUCAGAUCACCUAAUUCUAGCGUCGUAUUAGAUUAA